UGUCCGUCUACGUCGUGCCGUCUGCACUGUCUGGGAGCUGAGCACAACAGGAGGAAAAAGCGUUUCUCUUGCAGCAGUUUGUUCGUGCAAAUACCUUCACUGCUUGCUACUAGCUACCAGGAUGAAUGUGGGUGUGGCUCACAGCGAGGUGAACCCAAACACCCGAGUGAUGAACAGUCGAGGGAUUUGGCUGACCUACGCACUUGGUGUUGGUGUGCUUCACAUCGUGCUCCUGAGCAUACCCUUCUUCAGCGUGCCCGUGGUGUGGACUCUAACAAAUGUCAUUCACAACUUAGGAAUGUAUGUCUUCAUGCAUGCAGUCAAAGGCACCCCUUUUGAGACCCCUGACCAAGGAAAAGCCAGACUUCUUACUCACUGGGAGCAGCUCGACUAUGGCGUUCAGUUCACCUCAUCUAGAAAGUUCUUCACCAUCUCCCCAAUUAUUCUAUACUUCCUGGCAAGUUUCUAUACAAAAUACAACACAACACACUUUGUCAUCAACACUGCCUCGCUUCUGAGUGUCCUGAUCCCCAAACUGCCACAGCUGCAUGGAGUCAGAAUUCUUGGCAUCAACAAGUAUUAAUAAUUGUAAAUGCUGCGCCUCUCAGCAACUGAAGCUAAUUCCUGUGUAGUCUGUACCGCCGAUGUGUGUACCAAGUCAUACAGUUUGUGUAACGGCCGCUGUUGUCGUAUAGUAACACCAGAGGGGUGCACUACGAAACGAGGUACGUUGAGCCUAAAGAGUUUUCAGCGUCAUGAAGGUAGCUCUGUUUUUUGUUUUGUUUUUUGUUGUUUUUUUUAAACCAGAUGACUCAGCUCUGGGCGGAGGCUACAUUCAAAGUUUUUGUGUAACAUUAUCUGUUAAUGAGCAGUACAGAUUUUCAGCUGAGGUUAUUAUGCAAAACCUGUUGAGCCGUGUGUUUGUAAUGCCCCCAAAGAAGCUGUGCAGUUUUAGUUGAACAAACUGUUACAGCAACAGGGAUUUAAAUGCAUUAGGCUGGCAAUGCAGAAAACGUGCUUUUAUGUUUGUUCAUAAUUUCCUGCUGAUGUAAAGCAGAGUAGAACACUGAUUUGUCUAAUAUUCAGUCAGUAAACUUACUUCCACUUUGAAAUGGCCAAAAACUCAAGUGAUUUUCAUCCUUUGUUAUGGGACAGGGUCAGGCCUGAAUGCACUUCCUGAGUUGUGUUAGGAAUAAACUGCAGCAAAGAGAAAACACUGAGCAGUGUGUGAUCGCAAAGCUCCACAGCUCUGCCCAUGUUAAUCAAAAUUCUUAAUAUCUUUAAUGUUUGCUGAUCUCUCCUUCAAAAUUGUUUCCUUGGACACCACUAUGGCUAGUUUUAGAUCGCGAAAUCCUAGAACUUGUUCCAUGCAUUUCCACCCCAUAAAUAAAUCCUACUGGCACAAACUUAGAAACAACGACGUAACCCGAAUUGGAAGGCAGUACCUGCAGUUGACCAGUGGUUCACCAAUGAUUCAGAGAUUCUGCCCAUCGUUAUUUUUAUUCCCAUAUAAAAUAUCCGAUCCACUGCAAGAAAUACUGUGGAAUAAUGACUUCACAAACCUGCUGAAAUGAAAGACGGGUUUUAAGGUAGAACUCUCAUGGCGGUGGUAGAAAGGAAGGAAAAGAUCACGCAAAGUUGUUUGGAAAAGUUGACAAUGAGUGAAGGGGGCAACUAGAACAGGGUUCCUGCAGACUGAUUUUGAAGGUUGUCUGAAUCUGAAAAGGCAUCCCUAGUUUUUAUUAGUCUCAAAUUUCCUCAGAUUUAGAGAGGUAAUUUAACGUCUUGAAAUGUGGUUGGUCAGAGCAGUUGCAUUGCUCGCUUUACUCAGAAAUGAAGAAAUGUAAAUUCGCUGAAUAUUGGCUCUUCAUCCAAGCAUUUGUGAGUCACAAUAUGUUUUGUUCAGGAAGUGCCACAAUGGGAAUGAAGGUGCGGGGGAAAACCCCUACAAGUUUUGGUUCAGUUGCAAGCAGUUCUGACUAGUUGCCUUACAUUGUUUACCUGCAUAGUCUAGCUUUUUGCUCAACUACAACUACACAAGACAAACAACAUGCAUUUAAAGCAGUGAAAUCUAUAUGUAACAUUUCUUACCCUGUGGAGGCUUCAUCUUUUUUGCACAUGCAUUAGGUUUUGUAUAGCACUUUUUACCUCCUGAAGUCAGACAUCCUAAAGCGUGUGUGGCAGAAAGCAAAUUAGCCGAAGCUGUACAGAAGAAAUGACCAUUGCUUCCAUGUCUGAAACAUGAAGCCAGUGCAUUAGUGCCUUAUAUCUGCAGUCUUUUAAUGGUCGAGUAAUCUGGCUGCAUAAAGAAGCCAGAUUUUGUGGAAAUAUUUGGAAUAAUUACCCUCCCCUCCCCCUAAUUCAUCCACUUACUACACUUUCUACUUUUAAAUAUUUAAAACAUGCAGUUUUGGUUUUUUUUUUGUUUUUUUGUUUUUUUUUAAAUUAAGCUCCCCAUCAGGGUCAGAGGCUAUAGUUAUGUGAAUGACAAGCCAGUGCUACAGGAGUUGGUCAGAUCCAGCCCAUCCUCGUGGUGUCAUAAAGCUAAGAUGGCAACAGCACAUACUUGCACAGACGCAAACUGAAAUGAAAGUGGAAAAAGCUGCGAUUCAGGCGAACUGGGAGUGAUUCAGGACAUGAUACAGAAACGGUGUGAGGAGUCGAGACUUCCACGGAGCGAUCAAAAAUCAGCGUGCAUGAGGAGGCAAUGUCAAAGGGAAUGGUUUCAUUUUUUUUUUUUCAUGGGCAGAGAUUCAGAACUUUUGUAUUGAGUCCCAUCUUUGUAAGAAACUUUCUUUCUGGCCUGAUGUUUGGCUGUAGUAAUUAUCGUAAAGUCUUCACUGCUCAGUGUGAUCUGCUCCUUUUUUCUUCAACACAGAGUCGGGAUAAACACAUCUCACCUUCAUGACACCUGUUAUCUCUGAAAGGAGACCUGGCUGUGUUCAGUUUGCUUUGUGGUGCAUCCCUCUGGUUUAAAGAUGAUAUGUCUGUACAUGACAGGAUGCCAUACGCAUUACUAACUUAUGUGAAUAUUUAAUGAUGUAUUUUCGGCCUGCGUCGACCUGGGCGGGCCCAGGCAUCAGUGAGGCUUUAGGCUGAGUUUACUUUUCUUCCUUUCUUUGCUCUCAUCUCACACACAGUGAUGCAAAUUGUGUUUCUAGUCACAAAGAUGUUGCAAAUGUAUUUUUCAAAUAUGUCUUACUUCGUGAGGGUAGGAGCCCAUGGCUCGCUGUUUACCGGUACAGUCUGGUUUUGUAACGGGUGUCAGACAUUUUCGUGCUGAGGAAGAACAGAAUCAAGCUCUUCAGGUGCAUGAUUUCCUUUGUGAAUCAUUUGUAACCAAUCAGAACAGCAGGCGUUUCUCAUUGUACUCUUUGUGAGUGCGUGUGAGUGAAUGUGUGAGUGAAUAUUAUGUCCUUUAUGUAGAAAUGAGACAGAUUAUUGUUGUCAGAUUAAGUGUUUACUGAGGGAGCUCCAGUGUCUUUGUGAUGAACUUACACUCAUGUAGCCACUCUCUUCAUACUUUGAGGGAUUAUUUGAUUUGUUUUUGUUGUUUUUUUUUGGCUAUAAUUGAGGCAGCGAGUCCUACUUUGUUUGGCCAUAGCUUGUAGUACUUGAUAUUUCUGGUUCUUAAUCUUAUUAAAAUGUUUGCCCUCCGUCUA